UGUUACUUUUUUUAAAAAAUUUAAGCAGAUCUUAUAGUCUUUAAUCUUUGAGAAUCUGUGGAUAACUAUUUCAUUAGUUGUUGGUAUAUUGCUUUGAUAAAGACAUGACUCGUAAGACGUCACACGCGGUUGGGGUGUGUAUUCGACAGUAUAUUAGUAAAUGACAUCUCUUGAGGGCAUCAGAUAUAUAAAUGCGUAUAUACAGAAUUUAAAUCCCCCCUGUCGGGUCAGCUGAUUGAACAACACACGUGGAUCAUAUAAACAAAGGAACAAAGACCGGUCAGCAAGGCGCAGUAACUGUCUUCCGGAAAAGUUAAGGUAUGCUGAGGAAAAUGUCGGAUAGAUGUAAGUUUUUUGUGAAAACUUUCCUGUGAAUACUUAGGAUGAAAAUCUUCACAUGGACAAAGCUUUACCCAGUAUGUUUGACAGUACUCUGCUAUAACAGAACUGAAGAGCAUGAGACACUUACACUGCUCUCAAUAAUUGAUCGAAGUUGCACGCAGUAGAUCGAUAUAGGAUUCCACGCAAAUGGCUGACCUGGUCUGGGGAAUCGGAGUCAAGGAUUUUCUGGAAAUAUCCUUUAUCAUAGGGGCCAUGGAUGGAUCAACAAAGUAGACGAUUUCACAAAGGUUCAUAACAACCUGUGAGGAAAAAUAAUCGAUCCCUAGGCAAAAAGGAAAAUUGUCUGAAUCUGUUAUAAAACCUAAAUUAUUAAACAUGGAACGCCUCAAACAUAUUAGAAGAUCCACCACGAAAAUGAUACAUGGCAACGAAAAAGUCCCAUUUCUUCAAGGACUCGAAAUGGAAAUUGUGAACGGGAAUAUAGAAAAUGCUACGGAAAUGUUGGAUACUCUGAAGGAACUAGGGAACGCUAAAUGGUUACAGAUGUAUGUUAAUCCCAACCAACAGGGCGAGACUCUCCUUCAUUUGGCAGUGAAGUACCAUGAUGAUGAAAAUUUCGUGAGAAAACUUUCCGAAUUAUGCCCAAAUUUGCUGUUAAGGGCAAGAGAAAUGUCUUUAGAGUUCCGCGGACAGACAGCGCUUCACAUGGCCAUCACUAAAGGAAAUAUUGAGGCUAUUGAGGUUAUGCUCGAAGUAGGUCAACGUAAGGAUAUUCAGAUGACAAAUUUGUUGCACAUGCGCGCUACUGGAUCUCGAUUUGUGAACACCGUCAUGAUGGGACAACUUCCUCUGACAGUUGCUGCACUGAAAGGGGAUGACGUUAUUGCGGAUAUCUUGUUAAGAUAUGGCGCUGAUCUCCUCAUUCAAAACGAAGAAGGUGAUACUGUGUUUCACUCGAUUGUAAAAUAUUCUGCCACAUACCCAGAGAAAGUGUCAACAAUGAUACAUAUGCUGCGAUACCUCAAUCAAAAAGUGGAAGAUAAAGACCUUACAGAAAGGAGCACGUACGAUUAUUCUGGAACUGAUAUGUAUCGACAACCCCUUUCAUUCGUUUGGUUUCUGAAAAACAAUGAUAGUAUGACUCCACUACAGCUUGCAGCUAAACAUGGAGUAACGGAACUUUUCGAAGAAAUUCUUAAUAUCAAGGACGUGUACUGCUUCAUCAGCGCAAAUGAUGGACUGUUUGACGUCAAAGAAUAUGAUGUCACAGAAAUAGAUACUGUCAGUGUCAUUCAAUCUUCAAGCCAUCGUCAUCCAUCGUCUGUUGCCCACAAGAAGUCCAUCCCACAACACAUUCAUGGAAUAGCUAAAAACGUCGUGCAUACAAAUGAAACCCAAUGCGCAUCGUGUUGGGGACAGUGCUGCCACUACCCUAAGAGGGAAUCCAUAUUGGAGAUGCUCUUUCAAUUGGACUAUGAGAACAAGGACGCGUACCGUAUUAUUGAGCUGCCACCCGUGAAAAAUAUUAUCAAAAGUAAAUGGAGCAGGUAUCAGUGGAUUUUUAUUUUGUGGAUGAUUUUACACUACAUCUUUAUGAUAAUGUUAACAGUAUACAGUGUAUACAAUGCUGAAUUCAACAUCCCCACCGUAAACGUUGGCAGAAAUGCGACGGAUGCAUCGGAGAGGUUUGUUCGUAACUUUCGGUGGGUUUCGUUUACAGUUGGAAUUCUUUAUGGCAUUGUUGCAGUCUGUUUGCUCAGCGCCAAGUUCCGAAAGAAAGAUGUACUAGCUUAUUUCCUGCACAAUUUGGAAUACAUCAUUCCUAUGCUAAUCUUGUCAGUAACGAUGAUAGUGGAUGUUCUUUGGACCAUUACUGAACAACACGACUGCAUUCCUCUAAUACUUGCACUGAUUUGUGGAUGGUGGUUGAAUAUAUUUUUUCUAUCACCGAUAAAACAUUUCAGCUUUUUCACGGAAAUGAUAAAGCGAGUCAUCAUUGGUGAUCUUUUCCGCUUUGGAUUGAUCAUUCUUUUUGGACUGUUUUCGUUUACAGCCGGAAUGUACAUGGUUUUCCGAGGAUCCGAAGAGCCACAGGAGGAUUUUACGUCUUAUGGAAGCACAAUGAUGGCAAUGUUUAAACUUGGAAUUGGGAUUGAAGACAUCAGUGUAUUGUAUUCAGCUCGUCUUCCGUGGGCUGCUGUGACGCUUUUCGCACUCUUCACAAUCUUUACGUAUUUACUCAUGUUAAAUGCUUUGAUAGCGAUGAUGUCGCAGACUUGUUCUCUUGUCUUAGAGGAACGAUUUCCACAAUGGCGCGUACAACAACUCUCAGUCAUUUUGUUCAUAGAAGACAUCCUUUGUCUCUGCUGUUUUCGAAACAUUAUCACAUGUGCAGGAACUAAAAAGACAAUACGUGGAUCCGAUCCGAUAACAAAGCAGUUGAAAUACGAAGAUCGUUAUUUUCUUGAAAUUCAUUCUCUUCAGAUGGAAUAUGCAACAGCUGAAGACAAAGUGUGUGCCAAGAAGAAAUCAAACGACAUGCAAACACUCCAGCCUCCACCCAGUUUAUCAAACUCACUGAUGAUGACUGCGGACCCAGAGUAUUUCACACAACCAGUCUCCUCGAUACGUCCUAGUGUGAAGAGAAUGUCUAGACGCAUGGACCGACGCACACCUGAACCUGUAAAGUCACCUAAUGAAAAUACUGGUUCUGACAAUACUCAGCCGUCCGUUCGUCGAAAGAAGUCGGCCAAAGAAAAAAAGCGUAGACUGUUAGAAAAAGUCGAUGAAAUGAACACCGAAGAAGAACAGGAAGAAAGAGAGCUGUAUAUCAGACAAGUGUCACCGAAGUCGCCGGAAGUAUUGUCCGAUAGAAGUCCUUCAAGAAGUCGUACUCAUAAAACCCAGCGAAAAAGGUAUCUGUCAGAAAACGACAAAGAGCUCCGAAGCCAAGGAGUUCAGCAUUCCCCUGCUGUAGAAAUAAACCCAACUGUCUAUCGUGUGAAUUAUGCUAGAGCACCACUUAAUGGUCGGAAAAAUGUAGAGUAUGAAAUCCGUAAUCUGUCAGAUUCUUACACGUAGCCAAAUAUUUCUCUGAGUUGCCUGAGCUAUGAUUCACGGAUAUCGGUUUGUAGAGUUGCCUGAACUGUGAUUUACGCUGUGAUACAGUAUAUAUUUGUAGUUUUAUGAAAAGGAUUUAUAUUUAUCAAUUUUAUUUUUUCAUGCCAAUUCAGUGAUACAUUUAGCAUUAAUUUUAAGACAGAGGUGUAGCUAACAUUUGGGAGCCAUGAAAAUUAUUUUUAUCGCUAUUUUACGUAAGAGCUGUGAUUUACGGAUAUCGGUUUGUAGAUUUACCUGAGCUGUGAUACAGUAUAUACACUGUACUUGUAGUUUUAUGAAAAAGAUUGAUAUUUAUCAAGAAAUGGUUCUUACGUUUUCAUUCCACUUCAGUAAUAGCUAUAGCAUUAAUUUUCAGAUAGACAUAUAGCUACCAUUUGAGAGUUUGCUGUCAAGGGAAUUAUUUUUAUCCUGUUUUUAUUGGAAUGUGUCUUCAUUGUUGGUCACAUGAUGAGAUUUGGUGCAUUGACAAUAAUUGUUACGUGAAAUAAGCAUUAUAUGUUUCAUACCAAUUGUUAGGCCGUUCUUCACAAACAAAUUCUGACUACAGAUUAUUCCGCUAAUAUUGAGAUAUAGGGCUAACGACGGGAAAGGAUGCUUACUCCUCCUACGCACCUCACCCCACCCACGGGUCCAUGAUUGCUUUACUCUUAAUUUUGUCUUCUUUAUUGGAGUUAUAAGAUUAAUUGCUAUUCGUUAUCGUCACUUUUUUUUUUAUACUUCACCAAUCCGAUAAAUUGGGACCUCGAUUUCACCUUCACAAAUAAGUUUCACACAGCCAACAUUGUUGAUAAGAGACUUGUCAGUUUAUUGGUGUUUUCAUAAAGUUCUACUACACAGUCCCACUGUGACAAAUCAAAUAUCCCCUAUUUGUUACUUUAUAUAUGUAUGGGUCGUUACUUAUAAUAUAUGUAGGUUGAGAAUAUUUAUAAUCUAGUCAUUUUGUGAUAACAAUAAUAUGAGUUGGAUACAGUAUUAUGUAUGAGAUACCUGAUCGAAGGGGAGCUUACAUACAAAUGAGUGUUUAAAAUUAUAUUUUUUCAUUGAUGUUGAGUAUAAUCAAAAUUGAUGCAGUUGCAUUGAAAUGUUAUCACAUAUGACAAAUCAAACAGUCCACAAAGAUAUAUUAGACAUGUGUGUUAUACUGUUUCAUUUCCCAUUGAAUAUGAGUGGUAUUUCACUGUUGUUAAGUUUCACAAAAGUUAUAGAAUAUGAGUGAUAUUUCACUAUUGUUAAGUUUCACAAAAGUUACAUUUUCAUUGUGAGAAUAAAUUGAAUACUUUUUAGAAAUACUCCGUAACGAAAUACUAUGAAAAAUGUGAUGAACAGGGAAUUCCACUUUCUGUACUGCAUAUUGUAUUUCUUUCACACUUCAGCCAGAACUUUUUCCCCAUCACGAGUGAAAUCUCAAAUCAUGAAUUAAUUUCGUUAUCCAAUAUCAGUUGAAUAUACAUUAUUCCACAGGGUAUCUAUGUUACCGACAUUUUGGGUGCUAGGGUAAUGCGUAUGUAAAUCAUACACAAUAUGUUUUGUGCUUGACUGAAUUUAUCAAUAAGACAAUCACAAUUAUUGUGCAUUUUUAUUAUUUAGAUGAUUUCAUUGUUUUUAGUUUGAUUAUUAAUAAGUAUUCCGGGUUAUGAAUGAUGACAUGACAUUUUGUGAAUAAAAAGGUCAGGGUAGUU